AUGAGAGCUAUUCAGGAAGAAGAGUAUAAUGAAUUGGCUUUACAUGGUCCAUUCCAAAUUGAUGUUGGCCAAUUCUACCGUGAUGAACUAGCUCGAGCAAUUGCUAAUAUAAAGAAAGAUUUUGAAACACUUGCACGUGCACGAUAUCAGGAAUGGGAAGGUGUAUCUACUGCAACAGUCACAAAAACACGUGAAAUUGCUCUAGUAUGGUCGAACUCGUCCACUGCUGAUUUUUCUGCGAUUGAUUCCAAAGCAUCGUCUGUCUUGCAAUGGGCAGAAAGUGUUAAGGUUACCACAGGCAUGAUCUCACUUCCAACUACAUUCAUUGGUCCUAAAGGAUGUAGUGGUGUAUCGUUUUCAGUUGUUUAUUACACGGCAAAUGAGAGAAUCAUUAUUGAAGCAAGCAUUACUACUGAUCAAUUCAAUUUUUACAAUUAUGGACAAUAUCAAUUGACGAUCUAUUAUCCGAAUUCAAAAACUGUUAUUGGUACAUGGACGAUUCAUAUUGAACCCAAAGGUGACAUUUGCAUGCCAAAGCAAUAUAUCAUUCAUGAUUCGAUUAAUAAUGUCAUUGCUGACACUACAGUUCAACUUCUCUUGAAUGACCAAGUUGUUUUUACCGGCACGAGUGAUAAAGUCGGUAUUGUGAAUCUACCUCGAAAUCUAUCGAAUAAUUGUUAUGAUGUCGUGAUUAAUACACAUAAAGCUCAGUAUAAAAUUGCAAAAUUUCAACGAAUCGUAUUUCAAAAUAGAGGGGCAGAAUCGGUUACUUAUUUUAUCUAUCGACAAAUGCAGAGUGAUGAAGUUGAAUUCUUGCUAACAUGGGGUGAACAACUAAGUGAUCUCGAUUCUCAUGUGUAUGUUUCGGAUGGACGGCAUGUAUUUUUCUCACGAAAACAAGAACCAAACGUGUCUCUCGAUUACGACUGUAGAGAAGGUGGUGGGCCCGAAACUAUUAAAGUGAAACUUGAACCAAAUAUGAAAUAUGCUUAUGCCGUUCAUAGAUAUAGCAAAGAUGGAGAACUAGCAAAAUCCGAUGCUACUGUUACUAUCAGUACCAACGAAGAUUCAAACUCGGAUUUUCCCUUUACAGUUGUUCGAGUUCCAUAUGUUAAUCAACCAGAUGCGAACUUUUGGAUAGUUUGCCAGAUUGAUGGAACAACAAAGAAAUUCAAAUUUUUCGAUAAAGCAUUCGAAAAUAGCGACGAUUGUAACACUGAUGAAUUUAUACGAAAGUUUUUCAAUGCAUAA